AUGAUAAUCGACUCAGCACACUAUGAUGAAACAUCUCAACGUUCAUCCGAAUGUCUGUUCAGUACGAAAACAUUAUUUCGUUAUUUCAUGUUACAAUGUCUGUUGGAUGCUGAACCGAUACCAUCGGAUAAUGAUAAUCUUAUUGAAUUAUUCCGAACAAAACUGUCUGUGUCUGAACAGGGCAUUUACGAAUUCAAAACGAAUUAUACAGCUGAUCAAGCAAUACUAUUUUAUACGAAAUAUGGAUUUAUAUAUAAAGAAAUAAAUGAAGCAUUGCGUUCAAUAAAUAUCGAUUAUCUUCUACGAUUUCGUUUUGUACUCAAAGAUAUUUAUAAUCAAUUAACUCACCUAAUGGCAGUUAAACCCACAGAUGAAGCUACAAACGUAUAUCGAGGUCAAUAUAUACAUUUCUAUGAGAUAUUCGAUUUAUUUAACAGUUUCAAACAACGAGUACCAACUAUCAUUAAUAGUUUCUUCUCGACAUCACUCGACAGGCAAGUAUCACUCGGAUUUCUGCAGGCUGGCAGUGAAAAAAACUCAAGUAUAACAUCUGUUCCGGUACUUUUUACAAUUACUAUUCAAAAACAAGAUGUAUCAUCGGACAGUCCAUUUGCUGAUAUAUCACAAUAUAGUACAAUUCGUGAUGAAAAAGAAAUCUUAUUUACUCCAGGUCAAAUGUUUAUGAUCGACAAAUUUGACAUGACGUAUGAAAAUGGCACGUUUAUUUAUUUGAUUAAUAUGAAUCUUUAUAACAACACGAAGUUCAAUCUCAAUGCUCAAUACAAUCAAAUGAAAUCUCAAUGGCAAGAAGAAACAAAUGAUUCGUUACUUCAUCUCGCUCAAUUACUUACUGCUUCGAAUCGUCACGACCAAGCAAAGAAAUUAUAUGAGCAAUUACUCACACAGAAGUCUGACCAGCAAACAAAGAUGAUUUGCUAUAAAGGUUUGCGUGAAAUAGCUUCAUUCAUGAACAAUAGUGAUGAAGUGAAGGCCUAUACUCAGAAGUUGAUGGAGUCAAAAUUUGAUAGUCAUCAGACGUUAUCGCCAAUGCCGGAUCAGAUAGCGGUUGGUAGAGGAUUUCAGCAAAUGUUAUCAACAUUUAUGAAUAAUGCUCAAGAGGCCUUAUCGCGAACAUCUCUUGAUCGUCCGCUUCAAGAUAUUGCUAGUUAUACGAAAAGUAAUGAAUGGAGUGACUUAACACAUCAAGCUCCACAAAUAGCAUAUACAACCGGUCAGACACUGAUGCAGACCCAACAAUAUCAGUUGGCAAUUCUAUUUCUUGAAGUAUCAGUAGCGGCCAUGAACGGAAUAAACGACGCAGAAUUUGUUCUCUCGCAUAAAUCAAAAUGUUACAAAGCCAUAGGCGAUUGCUAUUGUCAAUUAGGUGACAAUAAGGAAGCUCUAAAAAAUUAUACAUUGGCAUUGAAUGAAAAUAUUCAUUUACGACCCGAUGAACAUAUUAAGAUAUUGGUUUGUACAGGUAAAAUACUCGAAGCAACAAAUCAAUCGGAAGUAGCUUUAUCAAAAUAUAUCAAAGCAGCUGAGAUCUGUCAAAAUGAAUUACCAAAUGCGAAUUCCAACGAUAUUGUAGAAAUAGAAGAAUGUAUUAAACGAGUAACAUCAUAUCUUUGUCCACCCGAUACAUAA